AUGACACAUGUACCCGUAGAUCUAGAUAAAAUAGACUGGGGUCCUUUUCUAGCAGCUCAAGAUGGUGGGGCAAAAACCGAUAUAACAGAUGAAAGUCGAUAUUUUCAGGGAACAAGGUAUCAACGAGGUUUUGGAGUGCUCAGUACUGUCGGGCGUUUUCUAAUGCCAAUAGUUAAAAAUUUAGCUUCUAGUGCAGGCCAAGAAGCAAUCAACGUUGGUAAAAAUGUGCUUGAAGAUGUUUCACAAGGGCGAUCAGUUAGUGAUGCCUUGAAGCAGCAUGGUAGCGAAGGUCUUCAAAAAGUUGGGAAAAAGCUCCAGCAAUGCGGAAAAGGUAAAAGGAAACGCAAGCCAAAACUUAUUACAGAAAGUCUAGAGAAAAAAGGACGGCGCCAUAGAGAUCAACUUAGUUUAGAAAAUUUCUGA